AUGAUAACUUUUGCAGCCACAUCAUCCUUUUUGAAGCAUUCAAGAAUUGCUUGCUGUUUCAUUCCUCAUUGUUGUGUGAAUACCUUCCACAACUGCAUACACUUUGUAUAUAUCUGCCUAAUAUCCCAUGUACUGUUGCAGGUCCUUGGUUUUAGUAGUGUUCCUACUGCCGGAGAUGAGUUUGAGGUUGUUGACUCACUUGAUACUGCUCGUGAAAUGGCAGAGACACGUGCAGUAUCAUUAAGAGAUGAAAGGAUAUCAUCAAAAGUCGGUGAUGGGAUGGUUACACUUUCUUCAUUAGCUGCCGCAGUUUCAGCUGGAAAGCAGGCUGGAAUAGAUUUGCACAAGCUGAAUGUUGUGAUGAAGGUUGAUUUACAGGGUUCCAUUGAGGCCAUCAGACAAGCUCUUCAAGUGCUCCCUCAGGAUAAUGUAACUUUAAAGUUUCUUCUGCAAGCAACAGGGGAUAUAAGUGCAAGUGAUGUUGAUCUUGUUGUGGCAGCUGGUAAAGCAAUUAUAAUAGGUUUCAAUGUCAAAGUGCCAAAUGCUGUCAAGAGCCAUGCAGACAACAAAGGUGUAGAGAUUCGGUUGUACAGAGUCAUUUAUGAGCUUAUCGAUGACAUGAGGAAAGCAAUGGAAGGACUUCUUGAUCCCGUUGAGGAACAAAUACCAAUUGGAGCUGCUGAUAUCCGUGCCGUCUUCAGCAGCGGCAGUGGUCGUGUUGCUGGAUGCAUGAUAACAGAUGGAAAAAUUGUGAAAAGCUGUGGAAUUCGGAUUCUUCGAAACGGGAAAACGAUCCACGUUGGUGUUGUUGAUUCUUUGAGACGAGUGAAGGAAGUUGUGAAAGAGAUUAAACCUUUCAUCUAUCUUAUGAGUUCGAUUUCGAUAAAAAAAAUUGGUUUUGAAAAUGCACAAGGUCGGCAAGGUAAACGUUUGAAUAAGGUGCCGACCAAAGAGAGGUCGGCAGGGUCUACUUUGAAUAAGCUGCCGACUAAUAGAGGCCGUCAUGGUUUUCGAAUGCUGAACACCCCGAUCGAUUAUCGGCCGGAAGGGUCUUUGAUGAAGAAUACGCCGAUUAUCUUGGGCCAGAAUUUUACGGUCGACAUGGAAAAUUUUCCUACAUUGCCGGCGAUCAUAUGGUCGGCAUGGACAUAA